AGGGGAUAGCGAGAGGAUUACGCUGAACUUUAAGGGGGCGGAGACUUGAACAACAGGAGCGUAGGGUUUUGAGUGGCUCGGCUUCAGCGGGAGAAAGUGUGUGAUGGAGCGGGAUCAAGACGAGCCAGUGUUUCUAAAGGGAUUGGUAUCCAAAUUGCUUCAUGAACACCUUAAUAAUGAAAAAGUAAGAGCCAGUGCAGAUGCAUUGCUUCUUCUUGCAGAGCUACUGAAAGUAUUUGUUCGAGAGGCAGCUGCUCGAACUGCUCGGCAGGCGCUUGUUGAAGACAUUACUGUAGCAGACGUUGAACAGUUGGAAAAAAUCCUUCCUCAGCUGCUCCUGGAUUUCUAGACUUGGAAAGACUGCAGUAUUUUAUACCAGCUAUAGAUCAGCGGGUCCCUCAAGCAGCACAAGGGUGCCAAACUCUAUAAAAUCACAAAGUCUCUCACACUCACUAUGUAUAUAGCUUUCUGCACUGAUGACAUUUAAGGCUCAAGAUCCUUGCAAGACCAAAGAGGUGCACUUUCCGAAAUGGAAUUGUUGAAUAUUUACGUGUGUCUGUCAGCCAUUUGAUGAAAAUCAACUUCAAUAAAGAGACUGCAUGCAUGGUG